ACUUCUACAAGCAUAUUUGUGAAGACAAUAUUGCUUAAAUGCUAUUUUCCAGCCAUUUAGUUGGUUUAUUAUUUCUAGUUUUAUAUGCAACUCAUGAUGUUCCAUACACAUGCCUGUCAUAUGUCACUGAAUAAUUUCAUGCAAGGUAAAUUCUGUUCUCUGCAUAUUCAGAACAGACUUCAUUUCUUUGCUGUUUUUUUCGUGUCAACUUGUCAGUACCAGCGGAAAAGUUUUUUUAAAAUGAUUAUCGUGCACGACGAGGAAUAUUAUCGAAGCAGAGUGCCCGAGCCGGACCUGGGUCCGUUGAAGAAUUUUAUGCGAUUUGUCUGGAAUCCCGACUCGAAGAUGUUGCUCGGCAGGACCGGGAAGGAAUGGGCUCUGCUAGGAUUUUUCUACUUGUGCUUCUUCACUGUACUGGGUGCCAUCUUCGCGUUGCAGAUGUGGCUCAGCAUCAACUACGCCUCGAAAUUGGACAAACCGUUCUUCCUCUACAACGGCCUUGCACCUAGAUCUUAUUUUGGCAAUAACUUUCCUGUUUUCCGUCACCUGCCCGAUUUUGGUAGCCCAGGAAUUAGCUUCAAGCCGAACGUUUUACUGCCCACCGCGUCUCCUAUCAUUUGGGUGGACAAGUCAAGAACAAACGUUCGACCAAGGAGAUACGUAGAAGCCUUGGCCGACUUCUUGCAAGAGUACAAUAAGAGCAGAGACAAUUACAAGACGGCUGUAGAGUGCAGCGACGAGAGAACAAGCGUGCCCGACAUAAGACCGUGUUUCUUCGAUGUCGAGAGCCUCGGUGUUUGCGGGAAGCCUCCUUACGGAUACACGGAUCCGUUGCAGCCGUGUAUCCUCAUCAAGUUUAACAAGGUGAGCCGAGAUCUCGCCUGUGCAUAUUCAACAAUCUUGACAGAGAAGUUCGCUAGUCAAGCUGGCUUCUCGACGAAUUCUCCUUUGCAGAGAUUUGAUUGGGUACCGAUGCAUUACAACAAAUCCUCCCGGUUACCCGAGGACAUACCGUCCGCUUUGGGAGAAGCUAUCCGGUCUUCGAACAAGGUUCAGGUUUGGUUGUGGUGCGACGGGACGAACAGCGUCGAUAAAGAGCACGUCGGUGAGAUUGAAUAUUUACCGAGUGCCGGCUUCCCCGUCAAGUAUUUCCCGUUUGUGGGCCAACCGGAUUACUUAUCGCCGAUGGUAGCGCUACGAUUCAAAAAUAUCACACCGGGCAGACUGGUGACGGUGGAAUGCAGCUUGUGGGCGCCCAAUAUCAACGCGGGUCUGCGGCACGCGUUGGAUUUCCAAAUCAUUCUGGCCGAGUCGUGAAACCGCGGUGAAUUGACGACGGUGCUUCUCAAGUACUCAUCUCGACGAGAUCACGUGUUUAACGAGACUUUAGUAUUGGCGAAACGAGGAACACUGUUCUUCUUCGUUAGAGGUUCUUACGGUCAGUUUCAACUAUUCAUUCUGAAGCUAAUAUUCUCACCACCAAUGAUUCCUUUAUUAUAUGUUGUACCAUUGUUACAUUAACAAUACAAUCGAAUGUACUUCCCGGAUACAGAACGUCGUGAAUAGAGAACGUAAUGUCUGAAGUAUAUCUAUAAAAAAAAAAAAGAAACAUGGAGUCAGAGUAAUUGCGACAAUUUCUGCGAAUUUAAUAGGCGUAAGGUAUCGCGAACGCACACCCGGAUUCUGAGACGGCGAAAUACGCGCAACGCGCUUCCCCCGGGUUCGUCCUUGCGAAACAUCCCGGGCGAAUCGAGAGCGCUGACUCACGCCCUCGAUUCCGGCGGAGUAGCGGAUCGAAAUCAGAGCUUCGUGCAGUUUUAUUAAUACUUUUAUUACAUGAACGAUAAAAUGGCAAAUGAAGCUUCGUUUAGCGCCAGACGUGCUGCGGUUCAAUGCUUGCGAGAAUUGUGCGGAAACAGCAAUAAUCGACCGCACUUCUCGCGUUUGUCCUUUCACCUGAAAUUGGCAGUUUCCUUCGGAAAUUAGAUGAUAACGACGGAGGAGUUGGAGGAUGAGAGAGAACAGUGGGGAAAAAGGGAUGAGAGGGAGCAAGGAAGAAAGAGAUAAAAAAGAGACAGAGAGGGGAAGUAGAGAGAAAAGAUGAAAAGAGAAAAAUAGAAAUAAAUAUAGAGAAACGUAGAAAAAGAGAUAAGAAGAGACAUGCUUCUAGAAGAAGGUGGAAAAAACAGUCUGAGAGAGAGAGAGAGAGAGAGAAAGUUAAGAAGAGACAGAGCAAGGGUACAGAGGAUAUUGAAGAAUGAAAUAUGGAAGAGAGAAGGAGAGAGGGAGAGAGAGAGAGAGAUAGAGAGAGAGAGAGAGAGAGAGAGAGAGAGAAUU